AUGGCUAGCCCUCCUGUACUAGCUUUCGAUGCUGAGGGCCGCCCAGUGAAGUUUGACACCUGGCUCGAUGACCUGCACCUAUUCCUACAGCUCACUGCCAAGGAAGACAUCUCAUUGUACGAUCACGCCUUAGGCCAUGCCACUGCCCCUGCUGCUACUGCUGACAGCACUACCCGCUCACAGUGGCAGACUCGUGACGCCCACGCUCGCUUUGCUAUUCGCAACUCCCUGCCGAUAGAUGAGCGCGAGCACUUUUGCCAGCACAAGACUGCACAGGCACUGUACACUGCUGUCAUUGCCCGCUACUCCUCACCUGCCUCUGCCGCACUAGGCCGUCUCUCACUCCCCUACCUAUUCCCCGACCUGUCCUCUUUCCACACAGUCGCUGACCUCAUCACGCACCUCCGCACUAGUGAGGCCCGCUUCCGUGCCGCUAUGCCCGAUGAGUUUCUUGCCAAGAACCCCCCCCUGCUCUGGCUCACUCUCUACCACCUAGUCACCCGCCUCCCUGACACUCUGCGUGCAGUCAGGGACCACUUCCUAGCUCGCUGCCCCACUGAGCUCACCAUUGCCCUCCUCGAGAAGGAACUACUUGCAGCUGAGGCUAGCAUAGUCGCUGUAGCCUCUGCUGCUGCUGUCGACCUCCUUGGUGCUGAGAAGGUCGGGACUGCGUCCGCUCCGAGCUGGCGCCGCAGCGGCAAGGGCAAAGGGGGCAAGGGAGGCGGAGGUGACGGCGGGGGAGGCGGUGGUGGGGCGGUGGCGGCGGUGCGGGUGGUGGUGGGGCUGGAGGGACCAGUGGCAGCGGUGGGGGUGGUGGCGGCAGUGGCGGGGGAGGUGGCAGGGGCGGGGGCGGUGGUGGUGGCGGCGGUGGACGCGGAGGCGGCAGGGGCGGUGGUGGACGGGGUGGCAGCGGCGGAGGUGGUGGUCGUGGAGGCGCCGGCGAUGGCCAGAGCCAGCAGCAGACUCCGUCGCCCCAGGAGCUUCGUGAGUGGUACUCUCAGCACGGAGGGGGGGGGGGGGUGGACUUAG